CGCCCGCCCGCCUCGCCCCUGGCUCUCAGUCCGCCGGGUGGGUUCGGCAGCCCGGCGAGCCAGAUCUAAAGGUGGGCGCACAGCGAUCGCGGCUAGUCCCUCGCGCUCCCGCCCCUACCCGGUCCCGCGGGCCGGCCAUGCUCUGGGCUCCGGUCGCCGCGCGCACCCAGGCCCGGCGAUGAGGAGUGGCGCCGAGCGCAGGGGCAGCAGCGCCGCGGCGCCCCCGGCCUCGCCGCCCGCCGGCCGCGCUCGCUCCUCCGGCCCCGACGCGUCCCCGGCCCUGCCGCCACCAGUCGCCGGCCAGCCCCGGGUCCGGGAUGCAGGCGAUGCCCGCGCGCAGCCGCGCCCCCUGUUUCCGUGGAGCAAGUGGAAGAAGAGGAUGUCCAUGUCCUCCAUAUCGGCGGCCACGACGCGGAAGCCGGUAUUUGACGACAAAGAGGACGUGAACUUCGACCAUUUCCAGAUCCUGCGUGCCAUAGGGAAGGGCAGCUUCGGCAAGGUGUGCAUUGUACAGAAGCGGGACACAGAGAAGAUGUAUGCCAUGAAGUACAUGAACAAGCAGCAGUGCAUUGAGCGCGACGAGGUCCGCAAUGUCUUCCGAGAGCUGGAAAUCCUUCAGGAGAUAGAACAUGUCUUCCUGGUGAACCUCUGGUACUCCUUCCAGGAUGAGGAGGACAUGUUCAUGGUGGUGGACCUGCUUCUGGGUGGGGACCUGCGCUACCACCUGCAACAGAAUGUCCAGUUCUCUGAGGACACAGUGAAGCUGUACAUCUGUGAGAUGGCACUGGCCCUCGACUACCUGCGCAGUCAGCACAUCAUCCACAGAGAUGUCAAGCCAGACAACAUUCUUCUGGAUGAGCAAGGACAUGCCCACCUGACCGACUUCAACAUCGCUACUAUCAUAAAAGAUGGGGAGCGGGCGACAGCUUUAGCUGGCACCAAGCCCUACAUGGCUCCGGAGAUCUUCCACUCUUUUGUCAGUGGUGGGACCGGCUACUCCUUCGAGGUGGACUGGUGGUCAGUGGGGGUGAUGGCCUAUGAGCUGCUGCGAGGAUGGAGGCCCUAUGACAUCCACUCGAGCAAUGCCGUGGAGUCACUGGUGCAGCUGUUCAGCACUGUGAGCGUCCAGUACCUGCCUACCUGGUCCAAGGAGAUGGUGACCCUGCUGCGGAAGCUCCUCACUGUGAACCCUGAGCACCGAUUCUCCAGCCUUGAGGACAUGCAGGCGGCCCCAUCGCUGGCCCAUGUGCUGUGGGACGAUCUGAGUGAGAAGAAGGUGGAGCCGGGCUUUGUGCCCAAUAAAGGGCGCCUCCACUGUGACCCCACCUUUGAGCUGGAGGAAAUGAUCCUGGAGUCGAAGCCCCUGCACAAGAAGAAGAAACGGCUGGCCAAGAACAAGUCACGUGACAGCAGCAGGGACAGCUCCCAGUCGGAGAACGAUUACCUUCAGGACUGCCUUGAUGCCAUCCAGCAGGACUUUGUGAUUUUUAACAGAGAAAAGCUGAAGAGGAGCCAGGACCUCACUAACGAGCCUCUUACAGCCCCUGAGACUGGGGAUGCCGCAGAGCCCAUGGUGGACAGCGAGACGGAGAGUGUGGCCUUGCCUAUGUGUGGCUCCAUCUGCCCCUCAGGGCUAUGAAAUGAUGAAGGGCCAGAAUGAUCACAGAAUACUGGAGGAAGAUCUGGCUGUGCCAGUACCAAGUCAGAAGUUGCAGGAAGAACAGGAAGCUCCCUGGCCCCUGCCUGCCCUGGCCCAGACACAGUGGGAGCUGACCAUCGGUUCUGCAGCAAGACCUGGAUCUCAUCAACUCAAUGUGGUGUACACACAAGAACGGAUGUGACACCCAGGUCAUCACCAGGAGGGCAGCAUGGUCACAUCCAGGUGACUGUGCUACAGCGAGACCCCAGAGGUGGCUGUGUUCUGGAUGAGGGAGUUCAGGGUCCUGCAUAAAUGUGUAAUGCUGAGCAUGCGUUUUGGGAAUGAUGCUCCUUUCUGUGAGGCUGGCAGGGAUGGGAUGUCAUCAGUUCCCUUUAUCACCGUCUCCUUGGAUGAGACUCUGGUGGGAGACACUGGCCCAGUGGAUAUCAGCCCAUGUGAACUCUGGUGCCAAGGCCUCACUGACCAAGUACAUCUGGACCAAAGGGAACCCAGGAAGGAAGUAGCUGGAUGCCAGAAGGGCCCUUCUUCAGGUGAGCUGCCAAGAUGAGUGCUUUACCAGAGCCCUGAUGCACAUGUGACCCGUCAGAGGUUGCAGGGGAAGCACUGAUAUCUGGCAGUGGCCAGAGAACAGUGGUAGUAGUCAGGGAGACCUCCCUGCUCCUGGGGCGGGAACAUCCCACCCGGAGUACAUACUGGCACCACCUUUGAGAAAGAGGCUGAGGCCAGGAGGCCAGUGCAGUCCUGACUUCCAGGGUUCUGAGGCUGCUCUGCCCAGAGGGGCCGGGCUUAGCUCUUGCAGCAUGUGAGUGGCAACUGCCUAGGCUGCCUCCACACCUCCAGCUACCUGCAGGUUCCCAUGCACCUUGGCAAUCCAGCUUUCUGGGCUAGUUUGAAGUCAGUCAGAAUGGGUAUGGGCACCCUCACUGUGACCACCUGGCUGCACGUCAGUCUGCAUCCUUGCAGCUCCUCCCACCAUUCAGGCCCAGCCUUCCCGUGGCUCCAUGCAGGCAGAGAUGCACUGCAGGACAUGACUGCCUUUCAUUAGCCAUGAGGCUAGGGGGAAAGCAGCGGCAAGGUGGCACCUAGGUCAGCACAGCAGCUGCUCAUGGGGCUUGUGUGAGGGGAGAAAGCCAGGCUGUCCACACACAUGGGCUUCUAACCCAGACAUCUUUAAUUGACCUGACUCACACUGGGCUGAGACAAUGCCCACCGUCUGGGGUGGCAGCAUGCAUAGGUUGCUGGCUAGUUUCCUCACUGUACAAAACUGCUAUGCUAAUAAACCUAUGGAAAUACA